UUAUCGAUAAGUGCUCGAUGAAUGCAUGGUUUGUACACAUCAUCAUCAAUUAUCGACUGAAAAGUAAUUAGAUCAUCAUGAAUUUUUGGAGGAACAGCUGUUUAGAAAGAUCGAGUAAAGGCUGCGUUCAUCAAAGAGACAGCAGUGCAGGGCAAGCCUACAGUGACAGCAGCAAGUGAUGCAUCAUGGGUAAUGUGGAGACUCAUGACUUGCCUCCAGUCCGGCCAGACGAGAGGAGACAGUUGAAGUUGACCAGAAAGAUUACCCCUGCGCAAUAUCAAAAGCAUGUGAAUGGCAGCGAAGACAUUCCAGGUGCCUUGACGGCGUUACCAUGGGAACUUGUGGAUUCCAUCUCAUUGUAUGAACACCUUGAUGUUUCCUUCAAUCUCCUACGUUGGUUACCGCCAGAGCUACCCAUGCGACUACCCCAUCUGGCUUAUCUUGACCUCAGUCACAAUCGUCUCUCUGCUCUCCCAGAAAGCUUCGCUCUACUAUUUCACCUACGCACGCUGCUGCUGAACCAUAAUGCAUUGCAGGCCUUGCCUGAGUCCUUCGUCAAUCUGGUCAAACUUGAGCGGCUGGACCUAUCCCACAAUGCCUUGGAGCGGCUUCCGGAAGGGAUGGGCCGUAUGGAGACCCUGAAGAAACUGAACCUCAGCGACAACUUUCUGACGAAGCUUCCCUACUCCCUUGGACAAUCCUACUCUCUUGACGUCAUCUUGGCUUCCAAUAACAGAUGCGUUGUUCCGCCCCAGUCGAUCUGCAACGAGGGCUCUGAAUCGGUGCUUAGAUAUCUAAGAAAACAAUGCAAGAAUGGUGUAUCAACGACUAAAGGAACAGACCAAGGGAACGUCUUCAAAAGAACGAGAGGUGAUGUGCUACAGUCAGCAGUGUCUAACCCACACUCGGCAAGAGCUCAGUACCUACAGCAGCAAACAGAAACCACAAACACGACCAGUAGAAUCCGGACACCACUCAGACCACCACUCAAUGCCACGACACUGGAGGCUGAUGAGCUGAGAGAUAAAAUAGUCGGUUUGCUGUAUGGAGCGGCCAUCGGCGAUGCCCUAGGCCUGAGCACAGCUCACAUGAGUCCUGACGAAUGCCGCUUCCACUACGAUGAGGGCGCUCUUCAAUAUAAUGACAUCAUCAUUGACAAGUACAGGCUGCAGUGGAAGAAGGGAGAUUGGACAACGCCGUUUGACCAAAUGGUCUUAGUGUUAGACUCCAUACUACACUGGGCUGGUGUUGUUGACGAGCUGGACUUUGCCAAGAGGUUGUCAGACUGGUCCCAACAUGGCUUCCCAGAGCUAGGAGAUAAACAGGGCAUCAGUGGCUUCAGUAACACCAUCGCUAAGGUUCUGACAAAUCCAAAGUACAGCAGCGAUCCACAUGGUUCGUCUCAAGGAUUGUGGGAUAGGUCACAUGACCAGCUGGACAGUGAGUCCUGCGAUCACCUGGCAGACAAUGCAGCCGUUGUGCGGGCAGCCAUAUUGGGUAUCCCACAAUUCCAUAACCUGAAGGAGGUGGUUAACAAUACAACAAGAAUAUGCAAGGCCAGCCACUUUGACCCAAGAUGCCAAGCAAGUUGUGUCGUUCUGUCCGUUCUAGUCGCCCUGUUGCUUCAAAACAACCAGAGUCUUUGCACGUCGGCUGAUCAGUCUUUUCUGCCAUUUGUCGUUUCCAUGGCAACCGACAUGGGCAGGAGCCAGUUGUCGGAGGCAUCACACCUUCAAGACUUUGAUGAAUUCUGUCAACUUGCUGACUUCACCAGCUGGUCUAGACUGCACCCCAACCGGUCUAGUCAUACAUUCAAGCCAAUGGCUGCAGCACUUAUAGCAUUGAAGUCAGGCAUGGACUUCAGGAAGGCAAUCUCCCGUCUGGUGAUGUUUGGACGCGACAGCCCCAGUAACGCCAGCGUGGCCGGUGCCGUCCUAGGCUGCUACUGGGGCUAUCGUAAGCUCCCUAAGGAUUGGGUGUCUGACCUACGACCCAAACCGACACAGUGGCUUGACGUGAAGAUAAACGCGCUCCUUGACAUGAUGGCGAUACCUUGAUGACAUCCACGGGUCUUCAAGAAAAGACCCAUGUUGAGGAUUGAGUGCCAAAAGUGGAAAAUCACAAUUCACACUGUAUAAACCUUCCAUCCCAAAACAAGGCUGAAAUUGCCAAAGUUUACGCCACUUGAGAUUUUACCUUUGAGAUUUUACGUUUGGUUUGAUGCAGUAAAACAUGGUUUGUAAUUGGUGAUGCUUUGACAAAGUUGUGCUUUUCAAAAAAUCUGUUUAGUUAAAAAUUUUGAAAGUGCACUUCUUCUAUUAAAGUUGUGUUAGCCAUUUGUAUCUAAAACAGAUGCCAAAACCAGAAUAUGCAAGGUUUUGAAACAUCAAACAAAUAUGCAUUGAUGCCGAAAUUGCCGACCUCAUUUCUUCUAUGAUUUUAAAUAAAAAUAGAUUAAUAACUAUAUUUUGUGGUUAAUCGUCCUUACUAGCUGCAGAAGCAGAAUUGUGAAGGACACAGCUACAAAUGCGGGUCAGCCGAAGGCAUGUAAAGGUGCCUUAGGUAGCCGCACUAUACAUGUACGACGUUUGUCUUACCACGGAGCACAGCCGGAUAGAAAGUGUUGAUUCUUUGCAUUAAUUGUACAGUCUAAUGAAAAGUGCAAUAUACUUUAAACAAUCAGUUAUUGUCGUUGUAUAUAUAUUUGUCGUCAUCCCUGAACAAUCUAUGGAGGGCCAACAAUAAAAAUAUAAAAUU